UUAGAAAUGCCUUCAUUAAGUGUUAUUAUUAAGGCCAUAUAUGUUGCGAUAUAUAUAACAAGUAUUCUCGCUAUAAAAAGAGACGAGGUAUCAGAUUAUUUUGAGCAUGUGGUGGAUAGGAUACCGAACUCUAAUGAGGUCAUAAACGCAAUAUUGGGUCGACUUGAACGAAACCAACAUUCGGGCAGAUUCAAGCAGAGGAAUACAGACGAGGACUGCGAUGAUCCAUCGCAGAUUCUGCCAGAAUACACAGAGACAUUGCCAAGUCAGGACCGAAACACACGUCAACUUAGCGCUAAGAAACAUUACCCAAUUUGUCAUUUUGACAGAAGGAUUCAGAGAUUAAACACUCUCGAAUAUGAGUAUAGGCCAGCAUAUUACGAAGAAAUCCGAUGUAUCAACUCCGACUUUGAGGAUCUGAGGGAUUCCAAUGAGAUCUGUUCAAGCAUUGGUUUUUCUUGUGUUCAAUGGAAUAAAACUAUACAUUUGACUCGAAAGCGUUAUAAUAGCCACUGUUGGGAAGCGUUAACGAUGGUAAUACCAGCUGGCUGCGAAUGUAUGUGGCCGGCUCAUAAGUUGGGAGACAUCGCCUUACAUGCGUAAAUGCAGACGAAAAUCGAUCCAACGAUAUAAAAUAUUAUUCAGCUGUUUUUCCUUUCACAAAU